AUGACUCCUUGUGAAGGUGACUAUUACCACAGGAAACUUAUUUUUCCUGGAGAACUUCCUUUUAAGCCUCCUGAUAUUUAUAGGAUAACCCCCAAUGAAAAAUUUAAGGGCAACACGAGGCUAUGUCUUCCUUUCUAUUGUGAAUUUCCGCUCGCACACUGGUCCUUCCCCACCAUCCCAACUGGGCUCCUGAGCUUCACAGUGGCAAAGGGCCCCAUCCUGGCCAGUGUAGAGACUUUGAGCUUCAUGAAAAUACAACUGGCUGCACACAGUUUAGCAUUUACUUUAAGAGACAAAGUCUUUUGUGAAUUAUUUCCUGAAGUAGUAAAAGAAACUAAACAGAAACAGAAACCACAAGGCAAGCUCGGCAGCAGACCCCAGGCACUCCCCCAGCCAGACGUGGUUCCAGACAGGGAGCAGGCUGCAGCUCAAGGGCUGUGUGCCAAAGCUGGGCCACACACUGUGGGGCUCCAGCCGGCCAGCCAGUGCCACAGUCUCCCUGGCUGGCCAGCUGGAGCCCCAUGA